AUGCCCAGUAGAGGCUUACGCAUUGCAGGCUCCAAUGCGCCUCGAUUAUUACAGUUCCAAUGCCGCAGUCUCUCCUCCGCUACAGGACUGAAUCGCAUACGGACGACCCCCAGGCCCAUACCAUCUCUGUCACCACCGUCGCGAUGGCAGGGCACAUCGUUGCGUUUAAUAGCAGCCAUGCGGCAUGCAUCCACCGUACCCACAGCAUCUCCCGCUCAGCCUGUCGCAGCAAAUCACAUACCAUCGUCAGAGCUUCUAUCUCCGUCUGACCCAAGCCAUAUUACAAUCGAUGGCAUAGACCUUGGCCAAGCUUUUAUAAUGCCUGAUAUCCCGGAAAAGAUUGGCUAUCUACAAGAAGUGGGAAUCAGCUUUUGGUACGGCCCAACUUCUGUGAUUGAAUGGAUCCUCGAGCACAUCCACAUCUACAGCGGCAUGCCCUGGUGGGGGAGUAUAGCCGCGACCGCGGUCCUCCUCCGCUUGGUAAUGGUUCCAUUCUUCGUCAGGUCUGCGGACAGCCAGGCUCGACAAGCCGCGCUCAUAACCGUGACCAAGCCGAUCACGGCAGCAAUCACGCAGGCACAGCGCGACCGCGAUCAGGAGUCGAUGAUGAUGCACGUGCAGCGCCUGCGCCAAAUCCAGGCGGAGAACGGCAUCAGUUACUCCGCCAUGUUCGUUCCCAUGGUAAUGCAGGCUGUGCUGGGAUAUUGCGGCUUCAAGCUUGUAAGAGCCAUGGCCAACCUUCCCGUCCCGGGCCUGCGAGACGGCGGCUUUCUGUGGCUCAAAGAUCUUACCGUUGCGGAUCCCUAUGGCAUCCUACCGCUCGCCAUGGGCGCCGCCAUCCACCUCGUCAUUCGUAUGGGUGGCGAGACUGGGGCAUCGAACCCUGCUGCAACCCCACCAGGCAUGAGGGCAUUCAUGCUGUAUGGGAUGCCGGGUAUCAUCAUUCUGGUUACCGCAUGGUUGCCGGGAGCGCUAUGCGUCUGGUUUUCGGCUUCCGGAGCUGUAGGCCUCGGGCAAGCUCUCUUGUUUCAGCAACCUGCUGUACGAAGGUGGCUCGGCAUUGCGCCACUUUACAAACCGCAGACGGAAGAGGAACGACGGUCAACAGGUUUUGCUGGACUUUUCCGGGACCUUGUACCUGGCUCAGGUAAUGAGCGCGGACGCCAAGCGCUACGACCUUCUACACUAGACAAUCAAGCCGGCAAGAAUUCGGCAUAUAUGAGCCCACAGUGGCAGGCUCCUAAUCUGCAGACUCGACCCACCUCUGGCGGCGCUCAGGGCAAGAUUGUGGACAUUGUUGCAAAGAGCAGCGCCACUCCGGCUUCAAGCGAAGAUGAAGACAAAGGAUUCAAGGCCCUUUUUAAAGCUCCAGGUACCAUAUGGAAAGGCUUGAAGUCCAACCUGCCCAAACCGUCCCAAGCUUCACUCGACAGAAGUGUGGAGAGAGCGGCGCAGAGGGAGCGGGACGCUAAGAAACGGGCUGCGGCGGAGUAUGAAGAGAGAGCGCAGAAGAGGCAGAGACAGCGGUGA